GUCUUGUGGCACUUUGCAGUAUGGCUUGGGGCUCGUUGAGCAGCAGCACAGCCAGCCGCAGCCAAUGCCGACUGGUGAUGUUGAGUCUGAAGCCACCCUUCGGCUGGGUGAUUCUGUCUCGACAGUUCCAGCGACUACGCAAGAAUUGGAGCUCCGAGCGGAAGUUGUUGCUUUGCAUGCACAGUUGGAUGCAAUGCAGGCCUCCAAGAGUGAAGAACGUGAUCACCCGCCAGUGCCUAUCAAGCGCAUCCCCCCAUCCUUGUGCUUAGACAAUGCCAUCUUUCAUGCAGAGCCUGAGCGUGAGCAUCCAGACAACCAGCUGGGCAUGUCACAGUCGACUUUCGCCCCUGCACGUGAGGAAUCUCAGCCCCUUGAAAGGGCUGAAGCUGCAGAAGUGCCUGCAGAAUCUGCAAUGGCCAAAGUUCCUGUGGAGGCGCUGGAAUCUGCAAAGGGACAGGAGACAGUGGAGGCGCCUGUGGGCGAAUCUGCAAAGGAAGCGCCUGUGCAGGCGCCUGUGGAGGAAUCUGCAAAGGCAACGCCUGUGGCUGAGGAGGUGGAGGAAUCUACAAAGGACAACGCACCUAUGGAGGUGGAGGAAUCUUUGAAGGACAAAGCGCCUGUGGAGGUCGAGGCCUCUGCUUUGGCGAAGCCCGAAGCUCCUGCUGAGGACCCCAAGGUCACAGAGUUGAAACGACAGCUUCGUGAAAUGGAAGACCGCAUGAUCGCGCUGCAGGGUGAGAAAUCCAAGGGUGCACCAUCCUCAUCUUCCGGAGGCCCUCCUUUGGCUGCACCACCGGUGGAUCCUUCACUGUCUCUUGAGCAAACCUUGGAUGGAGCACCACUUGGUGAUGAUGACUUGGAUGCAGAACUCAAAAAUCUCAUCCAGCAAACUUCCUCGGACCAGCAGGGUUCAGGUCGGGCUGAUUCAGGCGAUGCAAAUGACCAGCCUGAUCUGAGGGAUUCCAAAAUCACCUUCUUGUCGCACAAGAAUGAAGGCAUGCGCCUCAACCGCUUCAUGGAGUCUAGUGAGGGGGCCAAAUACCCUCACACGCAGAAGCUGUUCAAUGGCACCCAUGAGGAGAAGCGCCAACUUUUGCGCCGCUGGGUGGAAAACGGUGGCGACAAGAAGAAUGUGAAGGAUGUGGAGGCCAGCGUGGUGAUGUCUAAAAGCUCGGCAACCAAGGUCAAAGGCCGCAUGGAGUGCCUCUCUGUCCUGGAGAUGAAGCGCCGUGGAUGGCCUCGCAACAAGAUCCUGGCAUGUGUGCAGAAGGGUGGUGGGAUCAAAGAUGAGCAUUGCCCUGAUGAUCCACUGCUGACUUCGUACUGGAGCAUCACAGAGAGAUCCAAGACUGACACCGAGGUCACAAAGGUUGAGGGGCAGGUCCGUGUUGGCUGUGAUGCAGCUGGUGCAAUCGGUGCUGUGACUUCCGCUGCUACCGUCAACGCUUUGAGG